AUGGCCCCUGCCCAGCAGAGUGCCAUGUGUCUGGGCAGGGAGGACCCUCAGGACUGCGGGAACCAGACGUCCAGUGCAGAAGAGGCACACCAACCGGGGUGCCCACAGGGUAGUCUCUGCCCUGACUCACCACCUGGCCCCUGUCCCCCUGGAACGUUCCUCUCCAGAGAAGGUCCCCACAACACCCCCCUCUGCCACCGCUGUCCUCGAGGAUUCUUCAACCCCUGGCCCGGCCAGGAUGCCUGCUUUCCCUGCGGUUCGGAGGCCACGCAGCCAGAGGAGGGCAAGGACACAUGUGUCUGCCUGGAGCCUGGCCGGCUGUUCCAGCCCAGCGAUGGGCAGUGCCCCUGCUCCCCAGGCUACCAAGACGUUGGCGAGCCAAGGGGCUGUGUCCAGCGGGAGCGUAAGAGCUGCAAGGGUGGGGCCGCGUGGAACCAGGACGGGCUGUGUUUGACCAAGGACCAGUGGAGCCACCACUGUGCCCACGAGGUCUCCGUCACUGAAGGCCCCGGGAGCCAGGAAAUUUACCUCCUGGACAGGCCUUCCUCACCUCGUGCUGUGGGCCAUCCCUGCAACUUGGACCAAACUCAGAAGCCUGUCCCUCUGUAUGUGGUCAGGAUGGAUGGGACUGGGUUCCUGGGCUUGAUCCGACCAGGUCAUGAGCUACUGCGUUCCCUCGGCCUGCUCAUCGGGGCCCCCGGGCCCCCAGGACACGACGCAGGACAGUCAAGGGAAGGACAUCUGACCUCCUCUUGGUCAAUGAGCCUCAACUCCACACGCCGUGGGGAUCUGCCGCCCCCAGAGCCAGGCAUCCGAAACCCCACCGUCUGCCUCCAAAUCAAUGACACACUUGCCUUCCUGGUGACCCGGGACCAUUACCCUGAGUAUGACCCGGGCCACUUCUAUAACACACGGAGGGGAUUUGACUGGGGGCGCCUCCGGGCCCUCGCUGAGGAGUCCCAGCUCCAAGAUCAAGAACCCUACCUCUUUCUACAGCAAUUCCAGGAGCCUGGGGUCUACGUCUUUCGUCUGAGCAGCAACAGGCAUCGGAAGAUGUACAUCCGCACCCUCCCGCCAGGGGGCCGGUGCUUUGGAGAGGGGCCCUUCGCCCCCACGACUCCUGGGUAUCUCAUCCAAACUGGCAUCGCCAAGAUCCCCAGGCCCCCGAAGAGGUCUGAGUGGCCCGAAGUCCUGGGGGAGACUGUCCUGCUUCUGGGGUUCUGCCUGCUUCUGUUGGUGAGUAAGGCUGGACAAGUGACCUCUGAGUCACUGCGCGAGGCUUCCUGUCUGAUUCCUCCGGGGCGCUGGGGGCCUGAGCGGCAGGUAGACCUGGAGCGCUUUGACCCAGAGCGCUUCUUCGGGAUCCUGCUCAGGCAGUCUCACUCGGUGACAACCAAACUCGGCCAGACCAAGGAGGAGCUCAAACUCCUCUGCCGCGGACUCCUGAGCGAAGCCCGUUCUCUCCGGCAGCUGUGGGGUGCUGAGCGUCGCAUCCCAGCCUCUACCGGCCAGCUUCUGGGGAGCCCCCCGAGCGAGCUGCAACAGGCUGCUGAAGCGGCUGCCAGGGCGGCGGCGGCGGAGGCCGAGCGCAGGGGGCGCCUGGCGGGCCCAUACGCAGCAAGCCUCGGUCACCAGCUGAGGCUCCUGCGCCGAGACCUCCGCGCCAGGAAGGAGCAGCGCAGGCGGGCUCCGGGCCCGCCAGGUCCUCCCGGGCUGGGCCGAACCCCGAAGGGUGGCGUCCGAACGUCCGAAGCUGCCAUCCUCCCCUACGUGCCGUACCCGACCUGCCCCGCCACAGGCUCCCCUCCAGCCGCCCGCCUGCCCGUCCUGCAGCCACGAAGGACGUCACAGCUGGGGGCUGUCAUGACAGACCCCGCCACUGGCAUCGAGGUGCCCGUGCUGGCUGUGACUCUGCACCCUCACACGAGGCAGUGGCUCGCUCUUGGGGGCACAUACUGCAACCCGCUCACCAAGACCUUGGCCCCUCUAGAGCUGGGGGGCCCCAUGGAGGAUCCAGUCACCGGAGGCAUCUGGCCGAUCCUGGGAGUCGGGCUGGACGAAGACACAGGUCAGGUGCUUGCACUGGGCGGGCUGCGAGACGCCUCGGGGAACCUUAUGUUGCCUGGCGACAGCUUUGAGGAGCCACUGAGCAGGAAGACAGUCCUGCUGCAGGGAGCUGCUCAACAGGAGGGCCGGACAGUGCCCCACACGGGAGGAUCACAGGCCCUGCUGGACGCCAAUGUGCUGGUGGCCCAGAGGCGGGUGCUUGCUGUGCUCCGGAGCUACCAGGAGAGGCCAGGGUCAAGGACACAGGAGCUUCUGGAGGCUGCCAUCAAGGACAUGAGACAGGCACUGGCCUUGAGUCUGCACCAGGUCCUGCAGCAGGCCCGGAGACUGCAGCGGCAGCUGGAGACAGCGGAUGGCAUCGCGGCCAGCGGAGGAAGGAUAGGAAUGAUGUGCUAUCCUGGGACAGAGCUGUGGGCCCCAGCCGUGUAUGGGAUGGAGAUCCCAGAUGCCGAGGGCUCGGGGCUCAUGGUGCCCAUCCUGGGCAUGGAGACCGACAGGAAUUCUGGUGACGCCACACCCCUGGCGGGUUCGAUGGAAGAUGCGGAUGGCAAAGGCCUUGUCCCAAUCUCCAUUGGGGCUCAAGCCAUAGACCCUUUGACUGGGGAACCUGGUCCUGUCAUUGGUGCUCAGAGGGACCCCUGCUCCGGAGUGGUGGUGCCCGUUGUCCAGGUGCUGGAGGCCCUGCCUCGGGGAGUGAGCGACCCCGGGCUGCCGGACGCCCUGGAGAAGGAGCGGAGAGCCCGGGAGCAGUACUGGUGCCUCCAGGAACGAGAAGAGGUGCGUCUGGCGGAACACCUGGGGCGCCUGAGCCAGGAGCUCCUCUCCACUCCGGGCAGAGGUGCCCAGCGACAGCUGAGGGCUGCCGCGGAGGCCUGUGCGGCGCUGGGGGCGCGCCGCCUGCGGGAGACUCAGAGGAGAGCCGCAGCCCUGAGCGCGCAGGGCGGCCCGGAGCGGGGCCUGCCGUCCCAAGCAGACGGAGAGGAGGCGGAGCAGGAGGCACAGGUGGCUCUCGGCAUGCACAGCGUCCUGCAGAGUCUAGGACACGCGGCAGAGAAACUCAGGCAAGCGGUGGGCCGUCUGCGGGGCCAGGAGGAGGAGAUGUGGCUACAGCAGCGUGGGGGUCAGAGCCUCCAGCCCUGGAACCGGCUCAGGGAGGUGGUUCAGCAUCUCUCUGAUGAGUUUCAGGAGGUGCUAAGGGAGCGACAGAGCUUCCUGGAGAGAGCCCUCGGUCACUUGCAGUACCAGCGGGAACUGAGCCGCCUCCACCUCUUGCACACCCAGAUUGUUGCCUCAGGAACACCUGCGUGUCUGGAGAAUUACCCUGGAGACAGAUUCUACGGAACAGUCACCGCUUCUCUAAGGGACCGGGCCUCUGCCUGCCCACUCUUGAUCCCCUUCUUGAAGAGCCUCACUGCAGCACUAGUGGGAGCUCAAGGUUGUAGCCCAGGACCGGAGGAUCAGGGGCCAGGAACAGAUGCAGAUAAAGUUGACAUCAUGUGGACUUCACCACUCUUUUCUACCGUGAAGAAAGUAGACAUCUGGUCCCAAGCCCACAAGGAAGAAGCUGAACUACAAGCACAAAUGCAUCACCAACAAGCCCCAGAAAGCUCUUUGCAGGAUGCCCCGAAACCUCAGAUAAUGCACAAAGAAGAGCUUAUCACCGUGCAAGCCACAGACCUUUCUGCCAGGGAGUUUGUGGUUUACCAGUAUGGCCUCUCCAUCCUGGACCUCCUCAUCCCCCAGCUUCAGGUUCCUGAAAUCACCCUGCAGAUUGCUUCUCAUCUUCCUGCUGCAGAAGCCUCAGACAAUGACUUCGAAGGCUCCUUCUUCUUUCAGAGCGCCGAAAACAUACUGUUUGUUGGGAGACAGUCUUUGGCAUCUGUGGGAAGUUUCAUUCUGCUGCUGAUCCGCUGCCUGGCCCACAUCGCUGCCAAGGACUUCCACCAGGACUCAAACCCUGCCUUUCUGAGGUCAUUUUACAAGGGCUUGCAGGCUUAUUUCAGGGAAGCAUUCUCUGUCACGCUGCAAAUGUCAGCGGUUUCCUGGGACAGUAAGCUUGACCGAAGCAUAAGUGCUAUUCUGCUGGAAGAGCAGCCCACCUCUGAGACAGGAAGAGAUCUUCUCUCUAAACUCAUUGAGAGGAAAUGUGAGUCUCACUUGGAGCCAGAGUCAUCGGAAGAGUAUAUUAAGAAAAACAAGGAUCUUCUCCUCUUCACCAACAUGGAACAUUUUCUAAAAAGCCUCCUUGCUGCUGAAAAACAGAUCUCAAGAAAACAGAGAGAUGAGAGUGAGGGCGAGGAUGAGGUGAGAUGGCCUUCUGAUCUACAGCAUUAAGACUACUGUGCUCAACACCUUGAAGCCCUUUAUCAUGUGUUUAGAGCCACAUCUGUAAUUGAAAGAGUCAGCAGAAUGAAGAUUGGAAAUUAAUGGUGGUAUGAAAAGCUCCCUGAUCACUUUAUUUAGGAGUUUUCCCAGUACCAGAAGAUGGCAGAUCUUAGAUCUCAGUUAGAAAGGAGCCAAGAGAUCGCUCCCUUUACCUUCAGGUGGGUUGAGCCCUGAGAGCGGGACUGAGACUCAGACUUGCCCUGGUUCACCCAGCCAGACAAGGGCAGGAGGUAACUAGAACUGGGUCCGUUGCCUUCUCAUUCCAGGUGUCUCUUGUUACGCUUUAUGAUGCCUGCUGUUGUUGUAUAAAAGGUUUU